AAAAUUCUUACGUUUUGUCUCGUUACAUAUUAAGACUCAUACAAAUACCACAUGGACGUUCAAGGUAUGCCUAUCACUGCCAACUCUCCUUAUAUGUUCAAGGCUCUAAACCAAGGGCUAGUUUUAGGACAAGGUGGUCCAUUUGGUGAAGCAAGGAUGGUUCUCCUGGAUCGAGUUAAUAGUACUUCCAGUAUUACCGUUAUUCCACAACUACGUGGCGGAACGUGGUAUAUUCAAUUGGCGGAUGCAAAUCCUCCUCUCUAUUUGGCUAAUGUAUAUACUAAUGUAUUCCUAUCGAACGACGCUACACUUAUGUUUGAUACUCAGGAAAAAGUACUUCAGUCAAUUCCACCUAGCAAAGGAGCAAAAAAUUUCAAUAUCGGUAAACAAGCUAGCGCUUAUCGUGAAUAUCCAAAUGGUGACAAAGUUUAUUCAUGCUCUCAGACACUUAUGGCCACAUUAACGAAUUGUGCCCAAUGCGAUAUUGAUAUGCGAAACCCCGAACUGACUUAUUUCACAUUAACAAAAGUUGGCAAUUAAAACUAUCUUGUAUGAUUUUUGUUUCAGUAGAGUAGAUUGCGCAUAACAAUUAAUAAAAU